UGUGAAGAAAUCCUGGCGCUGUGCAAGUUUCUGUCGCCCGCUACAUUUGCUUUGCGAGACCUGAAAUUGAAUCUCGAUUGGGAUCCUUGGUGGCCCUUCGACUCCAGUCUCCUUCACGUGUCCUUCAGCCUAGCCCUUCUCUGGUUGGGACUCUCAGAUGAAGCUGUUGAUCAGUUUAUUGAGGGUUCCGUCAGCCUGCGUAACUGCCUCAGACCCCUCCAGCCCACCUCCUCCACCACAGCUGCCGCUCAGGAA